AACCAAUAUUUUUUAGUGAAGUCGAUCGGGUUGGAUUCAUUUUCACCUAGGUGAGUAGUGCGGGAAAGAGAGAGAGACGCAGAAGAACACUGUCAGUUUGAUUUGGUUGGUGUGGGCAUGGACGAAGAUCAAAUAGAAGGUUGUGUGAGUGGGUACCUCAAGCAGAAAGGGUUUGCGCAAAACGAUGACAAACUUCAACUUUCCAACACCGAUUCCUCUCUUCAACCCAACACUCUCAAUCGCGCUCAAUUGGAGAGAGGUUCUGCUAGAUACCAUGAUGGAUAUGGCAGACUAAGAUCAUGGGCAUACAGGUCACUUGAAUCAUACAAGCAUGAAUUACUGCGUGUGCUUUAUCCAGUAUUUAUCCAUUGCUUCAUGGAUCUUGUGGCAAAAGGACAUCUUCAGGAAGCUUGGAACUUUUUCAAUACCUUUCGUGAGGACCAUGAAAUGUUGCACUCACGAGACCUUCAGAAAUUGGAACUAGUUCUUUCUCCUACUCAUUUGGAGGAAAUGGAAUUCGCACAUUCCCUUAGGCAGAGUAAGUUCAACAUAAAGAUAUGUCGGUAUUCUUAUGAGCUUCUAUUGCAACACCUACAUAGUAUGCAAUCCACCACAAUAAUUGGUAUUAUCAAUGAGCAUAUUAACUUCCAAGUUACAGCUGGGCAACCGAGCUCAAUUUCUGAUGAUCCAGAAGCUGUUACCCUCAGUGGAAGCAUCCAGGAUGCAGUAAACCAGAUAAAUCAGAAAGAAAUCCUUUGGGGGAUGUUUGAAGAUUCUGUGGAAGACCACAUAGAUAAGGCUGGGGCCUUGCUUUCAGGCACAGAAAAGGGUGAAGGCGAAGGUAAAGAGGGAGACAAUGAUGAGAGUAAGAAAAGGUCAAUUGAUGUAGGAAAGCAAGGUAAUUCAGUAAAAAAGGUAAAAAAGGACAAGGUCAGCAGUGCAACAGGGAAAAAUGCUAAACCAGAAGCUAGCACUAUAUCUGCAGCACCUCGCAUUAAACCAGAGCUACCCUUGCCCACAGUUUCAACUGAUGUAGAACUGUCAAUCCUAGAGGAUUUAAGGAAUCGUGUACAAUUGAAUAGUGUUGCUCUCCCUUCAGUUAACUUCUACACAUUUGUAAAUACACAUAAUGGUUUAAGCUGUUCAUCAAUAUCCCACGAUGGAUCAUUGCUUGUUGGAGGAUUUUCUGACUCUUCACUAAAGGUUCUUUCUCUUCACCCUCCUCCUCUUUCCACCCUUCCGAAAGAACACCCUUUUUCCCUUUACAGCUUUAUCUUGGGGUUAUUUUUGACUCGUGUCUGCAGGUCUGGGAUAUGGCAAAACUUGAGCAACAAUCCACUGCUCAUUUUUCGCAGGGAGGGAAUGACAUGUCACAAAAUGAACAAGUUAUUGGGCAAAAUAGUGGGAGAAGACAGUACACAUUGUUUCAAGGUCACUCAGGUCCAGUCUAUGCAGCCACUUUUAGUGCUGCCGGGGAUUUUCUUCUUUCCUCUUCAGCGGACAAAACAGUUCGAUUAUGGAGUACAAAGCUUAAUGCCAAUCUUGUUUGUUACAAGGGUCACAAUUACCCUAUCUGGGAUGUUCAGUCCUGCAGGGCAUUAUUUUGCCAGCUGUUCACAUGACAGAACUGCCAGGAUUUGGUCUAUGGACAGAAUAAAACCUUUAAGAAUAAUGGCAGGACAUUUGUCAGAUGUUGAUUGUGUGCAGUGGCAUCCCAACUGCAACUACAUUGCUACUGGCUCCAGUGAUAAAACAGUUCGACUGUGGGAUGUGCAGAGUGGGGAAUGUGUGCGGGUUUUCAUUGGUCAUAGAAGUAUGAUUUUGUCUUUGGCAAUGUCCCCUGAUGGUCGCUACAUGGCAUCUGGUGAUGAAGAUGGCACAAUCAUGAUGUGGGACCUCUCUAGCGGCUGUUGUGUCACACCUCUAGUCAGUCACACCUCAUGUGUCUGGUCACUCGCUUUCAGUUGUGAAGGUUCUCUUCUAGCAUCUGGAUCUGCUGAUUGCACCGUCAAAUUUUGGGAUGUAACUACUGGUAUAAAGGUUCCAAGGAAUGAAGAAAAUAGAAGUGGGAAUGCUAACAGACUCAGAUCAUUAAAAAGCCUGCCAACCAAAUCUGCUUCAGUUUACUCUCUCCAGUUUUCUCGCAGGAAUCUUCUUUUUGCAGCUGGUGCUCUUGCAAAAAGUGGUUGUUAGUAUGUCAACAAAUUUUGAAAUGGCAGUUCUGACUUAACUCCAAAAAAACCUAAUGUUGUGUUGUACAAUAUUUUUUAUUUGUAAAUUUAUUAGUAAAUUGAACUGAAAUUAUUCCCUCGGCAGGUUCUGAUAAUCCAGGCUAUUUUGAUAAUUCCCCACCCAUAAAUGUAUGAUAUAUAUUGUAAAAUUAUUAAGAGAUAGGAUGAAUUACUCUUAAUUCUCAAUUUGCUGCUUUACAUUCUCAUAUGUAACCUUGUUUAAUA